UCCCUCUCCUCCCUUCAUCUCCCCGGGCUGAACGCCUUUUCCUUCCUCUGCUGGGCUGUCCUUUGCCUCGUCACGCCGCUCCCCCUCAGCCUGCCUCAGUGCAGGGAUGGGACACGUUGUUUCCCUGACUGUGUGCCGGCCGGGGGGAACGGAGCUCUAGUUUCAGGAACGCUGCAGGCAGCCUGCGCUGCUGUCAGGUCUGACUUUGUUUGCGAGGGCAGGCGCCCGUUCCAGGCUCGCAACAACAUUGGGGAUCGGCAUUGCGGAAACCCAAGAUGAAAAUGUGAGGAGCAGAACCACGGUGGAUCAGGGUUCCUAACUUCCCCUCUCAGCAGAUUCGGUCGGGAACGUUUGCCCCCUAAGCACGCCUUUCCUGGGGGGGUCAACAGCAGGACAAAAGGAAGUUGGACUUGCUAGAUAGGCAUCCUGACCUUUAGCCAUGACCGAGCCCAAGGUUGGCAUCAGUGGCGUCAGUGGCGGCAGUGCCGGCCUGACAUGGGCAAAGAUGUGCAAGGAGUGUGGCCAGCAGCACGAGGGCGGCCCGGAGAACCACCUGUACGAGUACCAGGACGAUGUGGACGACGAGCUGGUGUGCCACAUCUGCCUGCAGCCGCUGCUAAGGCCCGUGGACACGCCGUGCGGACACACCUACUGCUACGAGUGCCUCAGCAGUUUCCUGAAGGAGCAGGACUUCUGCCCCGUGGACCGCCAGCGCCUGCAGCUCAGCCAGUGCCGGCCGUCCAGCCUGCUGGUCCGGAACCUGCUGGACAAGCUGACCGUGGUCUGCCCGCACCGCGCCGACUGCCAGCAGGAGAUGCAGCGCUGCCAGCUGCAGCCACACCUGCAGAACAGAUGUCCUGCUUUCAGAAAGAUGAGGGAGGAGGCAGAGAGGAGGAAGCGACCCUCCUGGAAUGAGCAGAAGGGGCACAGGGGUGAGGUGGAGUUGGGUGCCGACCCCAAACACCCCCCUUCCAUGACCCGCACCCCCACCCGAGGCCUUCUGCCCGACCCGGGCCUCAUCAACCCGGCCUUUGAUGAAAGCGAGGAUGAGACCCCCCUGCGGUCCAGCCUGGUGGCCGAGGCCAACGUGGUGGAGAUCAUCCGUGAGGAACAGGACGAGGAGUUGGGCCUGCGUAUUGUGGGAGGCAAGGACACGCCCCUGGGCAACAUAGUCAUCCAGGAGAUCGUUCCUGACUCACUAGCUGGCCGCGACGGAAGACUGGCCCCGGGGGACCACGUUCUGGAGGUGAAUGACGUCAGCCUGGCAUCUAUCCCGCAUGGUCGGGCGAUCUCCGUGUUGCGCCGACCAUGUCCCCAGCUCAGACUCGUUGUCAUGCAGGAGAAGGGCUUCAACCCCCGUCACCCACCACGCCCCGGCCUGGAGCACCACCCGGCCUCCUCCACUGCCUCCCACGGUGUGGCACAGAAUCGGGGCACUGUGAUCCAGGUGACGCUGGUGAAGAGGGACCGCUCGGAGCCGCUUGGCAUCAAACUGAUCCGUAAGUCGGAAGAGACAGGAGUGUUCAUCCUGGACCUGUUGGCGGGGGGUCUUGCGGCCCGGGACGGGAAACUACGCAACAACGACAAGGUGCUCGCCAUCAACGGACAGGACCUGAGACACGGCACCCCAGAGAGCGCAGCGCAGACCAUACAGGCCAGUGAGGUGCGGGUGAACUUUGUGGUGAUGAGGCAGCUGGAACCUCAAGAAGAGGGGGUCAGUGGUGGGGAGUGGCAGAGUCGAGGCGUCAGGAGAGCUCCAGAACCACAGUACUUCAGACGCCAGUCCUCUUACAUCAAGGAUCCUCCAGCAGGCUUCUCCAGCCAGGAGAAGACCGUGAGCCUGAAGAAGGAGCCCAAGCUCUCACUGGGCAUCACCAUUGCUGGUGGGAGGGACUGCCGCAAUCGCCUGCCAGUCUACAUCACCAGUGUCCAGCCUGUUGGCUGCCUGCAUCGAGACGGCACAAUUAUGACAGGUGAUGUUCUGCUGAGCAUCAACGGCGUGGAUCUGACCCAGCUGACCUACAACGAGGCGGUGUCGGUUCUGAAGGCUCAGACGGCCCAAACCCAGGUGGUCCUCAAAGUCCUCCAGACCAUCUCCGAGGAGCCCGAGGACGAGAGGGAGGCUGCUUUGGAUGACGCCGAGCCUGUGCAAAAGCCAAGGGAUGAUGACUGGGCCCCGCUGUGGACUCGCUGGCUCGGCCUGCCCAGUCCCAUUCACUGGUGCCGUGACAUCGUGUUGCUGAAGACCAAUCAGGAGAGCUGGGGCUUCAGCAUCGUGGGCGGCUACGAGGAGAGCAACGGACAGCAGCCGUUCUUCAUCAAGACCAUAGUGCCUGGUACCCCCGCCCACUUUGACGGACGCCUCAAGUGUGGGGAUGAGAUUGUGGCUGUGAACGGCGCCACCACAGUGGGCAUGAACAACUCUUCCCUCAUCCCCAUGCUCAAACUGCAGAAGAAUAAAGUCACACUGACAGUGGUUUCCUGGCCAGGCAGCUUGGUCUGAACAUGGCCUCGCCCCCCAGCCUUGCCACCAGCCUGUUGUCUGCACACACAACGCACUCGAAUCACAUGAAGACAUUCUUGGUAAAGUUCAUUUUCACUAGAUAGCCUGGUGUGGAUUGUCUGUCAGCGCCUCGCCCCCCCAAGCUGACCAGUGGGACCGAAUUCCAUGUUUUAAUGUAGGUUGUUGAGGUUGUGGAUAGUGAAAUGGCAGUUUGCUGUGUGGCUGAGUGAACAAAUUGGGUAAAUCAUGGUAGCAGGUGCAUCUGUAAUGAACUAUUUAAAGGUAAGCUGGAAGGACCUUUUUGUGUUUUUAGAAGGAAUGUUUUACUCUGUUCUGAAAGCAUUGUGCAUACAUUUUCAGAUUUAGCUGGCCUGUUCAUUUUAUGUUUAAUUUGCCCACAUUCGUUACAUGAUUAUCUGGAGAAAAGGUCUACUGAUUUUAUACCUGUAUUCUGGGUACCAAGGCCUUGUUUUUCCCGUUAUUCCACAGUUGAUCAAGACAAUAUAUUUAAUAUAGGUUAGGAAAGGGGAACAAUGUACAAAGAUGCCAAAGUCACUUAUCCUGUCCUGUCCAACACAGUUGCCUUUUGUUUUGUACCAUUUAGAUGAACAGAUACUGUUGUUUUAUCCUCAUACAGAUGUUAUAGAGUCUGAAUGAUUUAUUUCCUAACUGUGCUGAUUCGUCUCUUUAAUUAAUAACAUGUUAUUAGUUUCAUUUAGGUGCCUUGUACAUGUUGAAGGACAAAUCAGAGAAAUAACUUGCCUUACUUUCCAUUAAACCAAAAAUGCUUUUUUUUAGAGAUGCAAUGGAAGCCCUCUAGAAGAUCAACCCUUCAGUUUGGUUAAAUGCACGCAAUUAUAUCCUUGUAAUUGACCAUCCAGUUUCAUAUGUUGUAAAUCCUCUGUGAAUAAUACUG